AUAUAUUACUAACUAGUAUGACCAAGUUGUUCUACGAGGACUACUUCAAUGGCUUUCCAUGGUGGCUCUUCCUCUUCCUCUUUCCCUAGUUCUGCUUCUUUAAGUCCUCAGCAGACUUACGAUGUGUUCAUUAGCUUUAGAGGUGAAGAUACCUGCAAUAAUUUUAUUGCCCGUCUACACAAUGCUUUGCAUCGAAAGGGUGUGAUCACCUACAUUGAUGAUAAGCUUAGAAGAGGAGAGGAAAUUUCACAAGCACUUCUUAGAGCCAUUGAAGAGUCAAGAAUUUCAAUAACUGUACUCUCCAAAAACUAUGCAUCAUCCACUUGGUGCCUGGAUGAGUUAACGAAGAUUCUAGAGUGUAGAAAAACAAAAUAGCAAAUGGUUUUACCAGUAUUUUAUAACGUAAAUCCAUCGGAAGGACGACAUCAGACAAAGAGUUCUGGAGAAGCAUUGGCGAAACUUGAAGAAAGGUUCAAAGAUAGUGCGAGAGUGCAGAGGUGGAAGGCAUGCGUAAAAGAAGUGGCCAAUUUGUCAAGGUGGCAGUUAGAAGGGAACGGGAAUGAAUCCAAAUUUAUUCAAGAAAUUGCUCAAGCAAUCACAAGAAUAGUAAAUUGUACAUACUUGAAUGUUGCCAAGCAUCCGAUUGGAGUAGAAUCUCGUGUACAUGCCAUCAAUAUGCUUCUAAGUGUUGGGAUGAAUGACAUACGCAUGAUAGGAGUCUUUGGAGUUGGUGGAAUUGGCAAGACAACAAUUACCAAAGCAAUCUAUAACUUGAAUGCUUAUCAAUUUGAAGAUAGUUGUUUUCUUGCAAAUGUAAGAGAAACUUCAAAGAGGGAGUGCGGUCUUGUCCAAUUACAAGAGAAGCUUCUUUAUGACAUCUUAGGAGACUCAAGUUUGAAGGUUGACAAUGUUGAUAGAGGAAUCAACAUCAUAAAAGAGAGGCUUUGCUGUAAAAGGAUUCUUUUAGUUCUUGAUGAUGUAGAUCAGUUGGCCCAGUUAGAAGCAUUAUCUGGAGAAAGUGGUUGGUUUGGUUUGGGAAGUAGAAUCAUCAUAACAACAAGAGAUAAACAUUUACUAACCAAACAUAAAGUUGAUUUAACAUACAAGGUGAAGGAAAUGGAUCACGAUGAAGCUCUUCAGCUCUUCAGUUGGCAUGCCUUCAAAAAAGACAAGCCCAUUGAUGGGUUUGUACAACUCUCAGAGCAUGCAUUGCGUUGUGCUAGAGGCCUUCCACUGGCUUUAGUAGUGCUUGGCUCAAAUCUAUAUGGUAGAAGUUUGCAUGAAUGGAAAAGUGCAUUAGAUAAGUGCAAAAGGCUUCCUAACAAAAAUAUACACAACAUACUUAGAAUCAGUUAUGAUGAUCUGGAUGACAAUGAGAAGGAUAUUUUUCUUGACAUUGCAUGUUUUUUCAAAGGUGAGGAUGCAGAUUAUGUCGUUAAAAUAUUAGACAGUUGUGGGUUUUUCCCUGAUAUUGGGAUCAGAGUUCUUACUGAUAAGUCUCUUGUAACUAUUGAAGAGAAUAACCGAUUGGUGAUGUAUGACUUGAUACAAGAAAUGGGUAGAGAAAUUGUUCGUCAAGAAUCACCCAAAGAACCUGGCAGACAUAGUAGGUUAUGGUUUCAUGAAGAUGUUUGCUAUGUACUAGAAGAAAACACGGGAACAAACAAAAUUGAAGGCAUAUUGGUGGAGUUGCCUGAACGCGACUUGAUACACUUGAGUUCCAAAGCCUUCACGAAGAUGAAAAGGCUCCGGCUCUUUAUAAAUCGUAAUGCAUGUUUUUCUGAAGGGCCUAAUUAUCUCUCUAACGAGUUAAGAUUGAUUGGCCUGAAUAUCCGUUACAAGCUUUGCCAUCCAAUUUUCAUGGAAAGAAACUCUCUGUUUUUAGGAUCAGCAAUAGCCUUUUCAAGGAAUUGAAGGAGGUAUUCGAGAAUUUCCAAAACUUGAAGAUCAUGGAAUUAUCUGAUUGGAACAAACAAAAUUGAAGGCAUAUUGGUGGAGUUGCCUGAAUGAGACUUGAUACACUUGAGUUCCAAAGCCUUCACGAAGAUGAAAAGGCUCCGGCUCUUUAUAAAUCGUAAUGCAUGUUUUUCUGAAGGGCCUAAUUAUCUCUCUAACAAGUUAAGAUUGCUUGAUUGGCCUGAAUAUCCGUUACAAGCUUUGCCGUCCAAUUUUCAUGGAAAGAAACUCUCUGUUUUUAGGGUCAGUAAUAGCCUUUUCAAAGAAUUGAAGGAGGUAUUCGAGAAUUUCCAAAACAUGAAGAUCAUGGAAUUAUCUGAUUGUAAGUUCCUAACAAAAAUCCCUGAUAUUUCAAGGAUCCCAAGUCUUGAGAAAUUAACUCUUUCUAGUUGUGAAAGUUUAGUUGAGGUUCAUGAUUCUGUUGGCUACCUGAAUAAACUUACCCAUUUGUCAUUUUCCAAGUGCUCUAACCUAAUCACUUUACCAAGAAGCCUCAAGUUGAGAUCUCUAGAAUGGCUUGACAUUAGAGAUUGCUUAAGCCUUCAGAACUUUCCUGAAAUUGAGUGUGAAAUGCAUUUUUUGAGUUCCAUUUCAUUAGAGCCUACACUGCUAUAAAAGAAUUGCCUUCAUCCAUUGGAUACAUCACUGGCCUUGAAGAUUUAUGUCUAGAUGGGUGCAAAAGUCUUUUGAAUCUACCAAGUUCCAUUCUUCAGUUGCAAAAUCUAAGGUCUCUUUCCUUCAAGGAUCGUUUCCUAUUGAAGGUGAGGAAUAAAAGACAAUCCAUACCCUCUUUUGUGUCCACAAAGGGAUCAGAAAUUUUAUCAGGUGUAAAACUACUCUCUUUGCAAACUCCAAAGAAUUCAAGCGUUUCUAAUGAUGAUUGUUCCUCAACAGUGUUUCUGGCAUUGCAAUUUUUGAAUCUUGGGAAGUGUGUCCUAUCAGAAUCGAAUUUGUUUAAGCUAUUUAACUGCUCUUCCACAUUACAAGAUUUAGAUUUCUCGGGAUCUGAUAUUGUGAGCCUUCCUCCAAGCAUAAAAAGAUUUAUUGGAUUGAACUGCCUUAUAUUGCAAGAUUGCAAACAACUUCAAGAAAUUGUAGAACUUCCACCAAAUAUCAAGGAGGUAGAUGCUAGUGGGUGUCUGUCAUUGGAAAUUUUUCCUGAAGCAUCACAGAAAUUUCAAUUCAAUGCAUGCAACUUAAAAGCACUAGAAUGUAUUGACUUGUGUGGAUGCCAUAAAAUGCUUGUGAACAUAGGGAAUCAUGUGGUAGAUCCUUUAAUGGGUAAGGUAUGUCUCUCUCUUUCUCUCUCUCUCUCUCUCAAACAUUUUCUUGUGCCCCUUGGUGUGUAGGUUGUACUGCUGAAAAGCUUAUGAUAUUUGUUAACAGGGUCAAUUUAAGGACCUUUUAGGCGGCAUAAUACUUCCAGGAAAUAGGAUCCCGGACUGGUUCAGCCAUCGUAAAGAGACUUCAAAUAUUAAUUCUUGUGAAAUGGAUAUUAAUGGACUUCUGUACAUGGAUGAGGUCGUGGGAAUUGUUCUAUGUGCUAUUAUUGGACCCAAUAUUUUGAUUGGCCGGGAAAGGCCGCUUCAUUCUAUUGGUGUUAAGAUCAAUGAUAAUGAAGUCCAAGAAAGAGUGGUUGAUUUAAUGGGAUCAGAUCAUGUAUGGCUAGAGUAUGUCGUUCUAGAAUCUUUUAAGCCAAAGGAGGACAAUAUGCAAGUAAAGUUCUAUAGAUAUUUAGAUGAACUGGUGUUCUUCAAAAGUUGUGGAGUCCAUCUAGUACACAAGCAUGAAGAGAAUGUGAAAGAUCAUGAUCCAGCUCUACUCCAUGAGAAUGUUGAUGUGCAUUUGGAUGUACCCAAUGAAGAGAUUGAAAACUCUUGAGUCGGAUUUAGUCGAUGGUAUUCAACUUUCUAAGAGGCAUCAGGAGGAUGAAGAUGAUGGCAUCAGGGAGUCCAUUAUGUACCCUCAACACAAGAGGGGUCCUUUUGGGCGUGCAAAUUUCAGAUUUGUGAAAACCCUCUAGCAUUUCUCAACUAAGGAGCCUCUAUAGACUUCCUUCAAGCUAAUAUAUUUUUCUUCUUUUUUUUUUUUUAACAGGGUUCUCAAAACUUAACAGUUAUGGAAUUCUAUAAUUGUAAAUCCCAGAUCUUUCAAGGGGUCCAAAUUUAAAGGAACUGACUCUUUAUGGUUGUGAAAAUUUAGUGGAGGUUCAUAAUUCUGUUGGAUUCCUUAAUAAGCUUAGUUGUUUGCGUUUGGAUGGAUGUUGUAGCCUUAAGAUCAGUUUUCCAAGAAGCCUCAAUUUGAAAUCUCUAGAAUGGCUUGACACUGAAGGACACUGCCAUAAAAGAACUGCCUCCAUCUGUUGGGAACCUCAGUGGGCUUCGCAUUUUGAAUUUUGGAGGCUGUAAAGAUCUUAUGCAUUUACCAAGCAGUAUGUUUUAGUUUUAAGCACCUAAAGGAACUUUAUGCCUAUGAUUGUUCAAAUCUUACUCCAUCUUCCUCAAUAGUUUUUCCAGCACUAGAAAUUUUCAAUCUUUAAGAACUCUGCCAUAUCAAAAUUGGAUUUCUUUGUAACACUUAAUUGUAAUUCCACGUUGCAAGAAUUAGAUCUUGCAGGGACUGAUAUUGUUAGCCUGCCAACAACCGUAAGAACAUUUGAUGCUUUGAAUAUCCUGAUCUUGGAGGAUUGCAAGAAACUUAAAGGAAUCCUAGAACUCCCACCAAAUAUAAAAAAAAAAAAA